GUAUUGCCAGUGAAUGGCUUUACAAAUGCAUUUGCCUUGGUACGGACGCAUCUGCCAAUGGCUCACAACCAUUGAUUAGCGUGUCGUGUGCACAUCGGGCAGUAAAGUGUCGUCUGUACAGUCAUUUCGUCUCUAUUGUCAGUGCAGCUGUGGAAACGUGUUUUAUUUCUUGUUUUUAGGACAGAUGCGUUCCCCCGUGAGCCAAAGAAGCUAGCAUGUCUGACAGCUCGCCUGUACUGCGUCCAACAGAAAAUCAUCUCAUCCAGGUCCAGCUGGGACAGUUCAAAUCUCCCCUUGAAGCAGUCAGACAUGACCAUGUCAAACGGUACUAGGGUGAUGCAGCAGGCACGAUAAGCAUGGCAGUGCGCCCCAGUGUACGAGGAUGGGAUAUAUGCAGAGCAAAGAUUUAAAUACCGGCGCUAUACGGGCCUCCCCUUCCCAAGUCAAGUUGUUGUCCUCCUCCUUGGGUCGAGCUGCUCCUGGUCGCGAGGAAAGAGGGGUAGCUGAAGUUACUCCCGGUGGAAGGAGGCAGCAGCAGCAGCCGGAUCUGGCCAUUCAUGGUGCGGAUUGAGCGGUGUGGUGGUAAUUGCAGGUCGAGGUCCAACCUCUCCGCAGAGUCCAUGUUCAGUGGCCGGCUGACCCACCUCUCUGGUGAUAUAUAAUGCCAUUUUCGAUGUGCUGCUUGUUGGUGCUUUUCUUUUCUGAUGAGCCUGUUGCUUUGCUUUGUGUGCAGGGGCGCAAGGUCAGGGUGUUCAUGUACCCGAGCAGCAUCUAAGGUUGGCAAUCUAUCAUCCACACCAAACACCAUGAUGCUUGAUAACAUAGCUUGAAAAACUUUCUUAUAUUAUGAGACGGAGGGAGUAUUUGUGUAGUUGUCAAUAGCUCAGCGGCCAUUGCUCCCGGCGGCAGCCACCAUCGGCUGCUCCAUGGCAAGUCAAGCCUAUCUCCUUUGCCUAAUAUUUUUUCCCCUAAGAGUUGAACAUGAAUUUGGUGUAUGAAUAUUAAUGUAGGAUGCCAUUGCUAAUUGAAUUUGGUCUAGAAGUAGGACUAGGAUAUGUUCUGUUCAGAACAUUUGAGAUGCACCAUGACCUAAACCUUUGGUUUUGUGCAAGUUAUGUGAUCCAUAUUAUAUGCCUAAUUAGUGAUUACUUGGUUAUUCGCAUGCAUAUGUGGUAUUCGAUGCUUGAUUGUAUGUUUACCUUUUCAUUUUCUAUUGAUUUAUGCUGAAACGCUAAAUUGGGCUCGGCACGACUAUAGCGUUUCAUAGCUUUUUCCCCAAGCCGCCGCUAAGAGGCUUGGCGCGCUAUUUAAAACUUUGAUGCAGAGUCCUAGAAACGCUCCACGGUUGCAGCAUAAGUAAGAUGGCCGUGCUCCCUCGCCACUGCUGCCCUUCCCUCUUCACAGCAGUGAUCCUGCUCUUGUUCUGUCCAUCCCCGGCGUCGCCUCAUGCUUUCUUCAUCUUCGGCGACUCCCUCGUCGACGCGGGGAACAACGACUAUCUCGUUACCCUCUCCAAGGCCAACACCCCGCCAUACGGCGUCGACUUCUCGUUUUCUGGCGGCAAGCCGACCGGGAGAUUCACAAACGGCAGGACCAUUGCGGAUGUCAUCGGUGAAGCCUUGGGGCAGGAGAGCUUUGCUCCUCCCUACCUGGCUCCAAACUCUAGUGCUGAAGUGAUCAACAGUGGAGCCAACUAUGCUUCUGGUUCUUCCGGCAUUUUCGACGAGACCGGUUCCUUUUACAUUGGAAGGGUGCCACUAGGGCAGCAAAUCAGCUACUUUGAGAAGACCAGAGCUCAGAUACUGGAGACCAUGGGGGAGAAAGCCGCGGCCGAGUUCUUGGGGGAGGCGCUCUUCACGGUGGCUGCUGGAUCCAAUGACAUCCUGGAGUACCUCUCACCUGCAGUGCCAUUCUUCGGACGACAGAAGCCCGACCCUGCAGAUUUUCAGGACGCCUUGGUUGCCAAGUUGGCAUUUCAUCUGAAGCGGCUGAACGAGCUCGGGGCUAGGAAAUUUGUCAUCGCCGACGUCGGGCCGCUGGGAUGCAUACCGUACGUCCGCGCCCUGGAGUUCAUCCCUGCGGGCGAGUGCUCGGCGGCUGUGAACAAGCUCUGCGAAGGCUACAACAAGAGGCUGAGGAGGAUGAUCGGCAGGCUGAACCAGGAGACGGGCCCGGAGAGCGCGUUCGUCUACACCAACACCCACGGCAUCGUCAUGGAGAUCAUCCGGCAGCACCGUCAAUACGGUUUCGAGGAGGCGCUGGACCCUUGCUGCGGCGGCAGCUUCCCGCCGUUCCUCUGCACCGGCGUCGCCAACUCGAGCUCCGCCACCCUGUGCGAGGACCGCUCCAAGUACGUGUUCUGGGACGCGUUCCACCCGACCGAGGCCGUCAACUUCAUCGUCGCCGGCAGGAUCGUCGACGGCGGCGCCGCCGAUGCGUCGCCCGUCAACGUCCGCGCCUUGUUCCAGCGUCGAUACGGAUGAACGAGGAGGUCGCCUUGCGUGCGUGCGUGCGUGCAUGCACCGCAUCGCGGAAUAUCUCCUCCUUCCCUCGCGCAGCACUUGCUGCACGUCUUCAAACGUGUAGAACGUGACGGGCGACGGUGACUUUGACGCGCGGCAUUUUUUCUUUUCUUUUUCCUUGUCUCUGCUGUUGCCUUUGGCUCCUUUGUGAAGGCCGGAAAGAAGAUCGCUGUUGUCGAAAGGAACAAUUCGGAACGACCGACGGUCGGUAAUAUAUACUGGCGUACGUGCGGUCUACAGAGGCGCAUAAGUGCGGAGCAGUAGAGACUAGAGACUGGUAGCGCACGUUUUUUUACGGGACUGUUCUGCACAGCGCCGCCGGUGCAGCUUCCAGCCACGCCACGCCACGCCACGCGGGUAUAUAUGCGUGCAACACUUGGACUCGAUCUGUUGACGGCGGCCGGGCGGUGCCAGGCACGUACGUAGCCUUCCAUGGAGGCGGGUGCGGGGCCUCCGAAGCCCGCGGCCACGGCGAAGGUGGCGUCGUCGUCGUCGUCGUGGUGCUCGUCCGUGGCCGCCACGGCGGCGAGCCUGGUGGCGGUGGGCCUGGGCGGCGCGGCGCUGCUGGUGUGGUGGGCGCUGGCGUUCCACCCGGCGCACGCGCGGCUCUGGAUGGUGCCCGCGGGGCUGGUCCUCCUCGGCACGCCCGUCCUCGCCUGGCUCUCCCUCUUCGCCUCCGGCCCGUGCCGCUGCGGCCGCCGCCCGGUCGACGCGCCGGAGCCUCCGGCGCCGGGCGCACACGCAGCCGCUUAGCGACCUGCUUGUACGUAGCUUGCAGUUGCUUCACCUGCCGAAUCCAUUCUUCCGUACGCAUGCAGUAGCUUCUCUUCUCUCGGCACGUACGUGCGUGUUUAAUUAGUUUGCUCUGCUGCUUCUUGCUCGCUCCGGGAUCAGAUCGGACCUGACCAGAUGUACACAGCCAUACAUAUGUUCAGCUUUUGUUUCUAUGUCCAGGAUCACUACUGCUGCUUCGGUUUCUUCGUUA